CCUUAUUCAACAUUAACCUUUCCUUGUGCUCUGAUCUGUUCUGUUAGGAGUAGCAGAUGGCGAAGCUUCCUUCAGUGUUCUCUUUGAGGCACUGUUUGGUGUUAUCUCUCGCCUUGAACGUGAGCUUGAUACUGAGAAUGAUGUAUGAAAGUGAAGAAAGGCACAACAACUCGUGUUUGGAAACACAAAGAGGAACCUCGAUUGCAAUUAGUUCUAACACGGAGGGGCACAAUAUCCACAAAUCACGCGUUGUUAUAUCACCCACUUUGUCUUUGCCCAAUUCUACUUGCACGGAUCAAACAGGAGCCACCAAUAGAGUCAUCAACCUCGACCAUGGAGACCCGACAGUGUACGAGAGAUUUUGGAGACAAAUGGGUGACAAGAGCACGAUCAUAAUCCCGGGAUGGCAAUCGAUGAGUUAUUUUUCUGAUGUAACCAACAUUUGCUGGUUCUUGGAGGCAGAGUUUGCUAGGGAAGUGGUGAGGUUGCACAGAGUGGUGGGCAAUGCAGUGACAGAAGGGCGUCACAUUGUUGUUGGGACAGGUUCCUCUCAGCUCUUUCUUGCUGCUCUCUAUGCUCUGUCCCCGCGUGAUGCACCUGAACCAAUCAGUGUCGUCUGUGCUUCACCCUAUUACUCGUCAUACCCAUCAAUGACAGAUCACCUGAAAUCAGGCCUAUACAGAUGGGCUGGGGAUGCAGAAAGUUUUGAGAAAGAUGGCCCCUACAUUGAGUUGGUAACGUCUCCUAAUAAUCCUGAUGGACAUGUAAGACGGUCAAAAGUCAACCGAAGCCAAGGAUUUUUGGUUCAUGACCUUGCCUAUUACUGGCCUCAGUACACUCCAAUAUCAUCACCUGCAGACCAUGAUCUAACUCUUUUCACUGUCUCCAAAAGCACUGGCCAUGCAGGAAUGCGCAUAGGGUGGGCUCUUGUAAAAGACCAAGAGGUAGCAAAGAAAAUGACUAAAUUCAUUGAGCUCAACACAAUAGGAGUGUCUAAGGAUUCUCAACUCAGAGCAGCUAAGGUUUUAAGGGCAGUUUCUGAUAGCUGGGAACAAGGAAACUCCCAAGAGGGUGAGUCAUUCUUCAAGUUCAGCCACAAGCUCAUGGCAAACAGGUGGAAGCAACUGAGACUUGUGAUUGACCGUAGUGGAUUGUUCAGUUUGCCCAAAUUUUCACCUGCAUUUUGCACCUUUUUCAAUCAGGUGUUAGAGCCCCAACCAGCAUUUGUAUGGUUAAAAUGUGAGGGAAAGGUGGAAGACUGCGAAAGCUUCCUACGAGCACACAACAUCUUAACGAGAAGUGGAACGCACUUUGGAGUUAGCCCAAAAUAUGUAAGAAUUAGCCUGUUGGAUACUGACGAAAAUUUUAACCAGCUUCUAGAUAGACUCUCCGUCAUACAGUCGCUAUAG